UUUUGUGCAACUGUCAGGUCAUUGAAUGCGACCGCUUAUGCAAAUACCAUGUUAAGAUCGAAGUUUAAAGAGCACAACUAGAGUUAAAAUUGUUGAAAUGUUCAGGGGCAGGUAGAGGUAACUGAGUCUGCUAACCUGCUAACGCUAUGCCAGAGCUACACCUGCCAGAGUUGUACUCUAGUUGCUUACGACAGGUCUGUGCUUACGACAUCCUCCUCUAAACUAGCAGUAAUCGAAAGCCUAUACUUCCUACUUGCUAGUAAGUUUACUGGGGCGAUAAGCAGGAACAACACUCCGUGACAGUUUAUUCUGUUCUGCAGCUUUAGAGCCACGGUACCGUUUAGAAUUUUACUUUCGCGACCAAUGCUGUCAGAAAAUAAGAGUAAUAGACUCUAUUCUAGUAUUGAGCAAACUGAAAGGACCGACCGAGGGCUGGACUAACUAACUUCUUCGGGGCUGUGAUGGCAUAUGCUCGGGCAACGUCAGACGGUAGUCAGUUAAACAAAUAAGGAGGCAAUGAAGUCACAGGGGCAUGGAGCAAAGGACGACUGUCAUUACUAAGGCGUUUCCAGCAUCUAAUCUUCCAGUCAUGAGGUUGAACACUGCUGUGAAGACUCAAGCUUGACCUGGAAAGCAACGCCAGUCACUUCUUUUUAAAGGUAUUGAGUAAAUGCCGGGCCUGUCAAUGAAGCAGAGAAGCGAGUGGCUCCCCACGAUUCCGUCCAUCCCAUAAUGCCAUCGUCCACGCGAAAAGGAAGUGUGAAGGAUCCCGAGUUCGCCGACCUUUUCUUCAAAGAGGACCCUGAAGAUGUCUUCUGCGACCUCCACGAGAUCGGCCAUGGGAGCUUCGGGGCGGUCUAUUUUGCCCGGAACUCAUACACCAGUGAGGUGGUGGCCAUCAAGAAGAUGUCCUACAAUGGCAAACAGACCACCGAGAAAUGGCAGGACAUCAUCAAAGAGGUGAAGUUCCUGGAACAGCUGCGACAUCCCAACACCAUAGAGUACAAAGGCUGCUACUUAAAGGACAACACUGCCUGGUUAGUUAUGGAGUACUGUUUGGGCUCUGCUUCCGACCUACUAGAGGUUCACAAGAAACCGCUCCAAGAAGUGGAGAUUGCUGCCAUAACCCACGGUGCCUUGUUGGGACUAGCCUAUCUUCAUUCCCACAAUAUGAUUCACAGGGAUGUGAAGGCUGGGAACAUCCUGCUGACUGAGCCAGGGCAGGUCAAGCUGGCCGACUUUGGCUCGGCCUCUAUCUCCUCUCCCGCCAACUCCUUCGUGGGGACACCCUACUGGAUGGCCCCGGAGGUGAUUCUGGCCAUGGAUGAAGGGCAGUAUGAGGGCAAGGUGGAUAUCUGGUCCCUGGGCAUCACCUGUAUAGAACUGGCGGAACGGAAGCCUCCCCUGUUCAACAUGAACGCUAUGAGUGCCUUAUAUCACAUAGCCCAGAACGACUCUCCCUCCCUCCAAUCCAAUGAGUGGUCUGACCCCUUCCGGAGCUUCGUCGACUACUGCCUACUAAAAAUUCCUCAGGACAGACCCUCCUCUGCCGAGCUACUGAGACAUGAUUUUGUGCGGCGAGAGCGUCCCCCGCGGGUCCUCAUCGACCUCAUCCAGCGGACCAAGGAUGCGGUGCGCGAGCUGGACAACCUGCAGUACCGCAAGAUGAAGAAGAUCCUGUACCAGGAGAAGCACCAUGGACCAAUGGGAGAGUCCCAGGAGGAGGAGGAGGAUGGGGAGCAGGCCGGCGGCUGUAAGGUCAACAGCCUGGGCAGCAACCACUCCAUCCCCAGCACCUCGGUGAGCACGGGCAGCCAGAGCAGCAGCGUCAACAGCAUCCAGGAAGUCCUGGACGACAGCCCCGACCUGCCCAUGAUGCACCCCUAUGACAACACACUGGAGCCUGCACCGCACCCCAAAAAGGAUCACCAGUUCAUCAGGGAUGACGCCGCUCAUCAUCAUCGCGGCGGCGGCGAGGCACGGGCAGAGGGCCACUCCUCGGGCUCAGGGGACAAGGCCCAGGCACACCACCACCACCACCACCACCACUACAAGAACCGCGAGCGCUUUGCCACCAUCAAGUCUGCCUCACUGGUCACCCGGCAGAUCCACGAGCACGAGCAGGAGAAUGAGCUGCGCGAGCAGAUGUCGGGCUACAAGCGCAUGCGGCGGCAGCACCAGAAGCAGCUGAUCGCGCAGGAGAACAAGCUGAAGACGGAGAUGGACGAGCACCGGCUCAAGCUGCAGAAGGAGGUGGAGACGCAGGCCAACAACGCCUUCAUCGAGCUGGAGAAGCUGGCCAAGAAGCAGAUCAUCGGCACCGAGAAAGAGAUGAAGACGGCCGCUACUGACGAGAAGAAGUUCCAGCAGCAGAUUGUUGCCCAACAGAAGAAGGAGCUGACCACCUUCUUGGACAACCAGAAAAAGCAGUACAAGCUCUGCAAGGAGAAGAUUAAAGAGGAGAUGAACGAGGACCACAGCACUCCGAAGAAGGAGAAGCAGGAGCGCCUGUCCAAGCACAAGGAGAACAUCCAGCACUCGCAGGCGGAGGAGGAGGCGCACCUCCUCAACCAGCAGCGGCUCUACUACGACAGGAACUGCCGCGCCUUCAAGCGCCAGGUCAUGGUCAAGAGGCACGAGAUGGAGCAGGAGCAGCUACGAGAGGAGCUGAACAAGAAGAAGACCCAGAAGGAGAUGGAACAUGCCAUGCUGAUCCGGCACGAUGAGUCGACGCAGGAGCUGGAGCACCGGCAGCUCAAGGCCCUGCAGAAGCUGCGCAUGGACCUCAUCCGGCAGCAGCACCAGCGCGAGCUGGAGAACCAGAUUGAGUACAACAACCGCCGGGAACGAGAGCUCCACCGCAAACACGUCCUGGAGCUCCGGCAGCAGCCCAAGAACCUCAAGGUGUUGGAGUUGCAGAUCAAGAAGCAGUUCCAGGACACGUGCAAGGUGCAGACGAAGCAGUACAAGGCGCUGCGGCACCACCAGCUGGAGGUGACCCCCAAGAGCGAGCACAAGGCCGUGCUGAAGGCCCUCAAGGACGAGCAGACGCGCAAGCUGGCCAUCCUGGCCGAGCAGUACGAGCAGAGCAUCAACGAGAUGAUGGCCUCGCAAGCGCUGCGAUUGGACGAGGCUCAGGAGGCAGAGUGCCAGGCGCUGAGGCACCAGCUGCAGCAGGAGAUGGAGCUGCUGAACGCCUACCAGAGCAAGAUCAAGAUGCAGACCGAGGCGCAGCAUGAGCGCGAGCUGCAGAAACUGGAGCAGAAGGUCUCUCUGCGCAGAGCCCAUCUGGAGCAGAAGAUUGAAGAGGAGCUGGCCUCCCUUCAGAAGGAGAGGACCGACCGCAUCAAACAUCUCUUGGACAGGCAGGAGCGGGAGAUCGAUACGUUUGACAUGGAGAGCGUGCGUCUAGGAGUCGGGAACCUUGCCGCUUUGGACUAUCCCAAGGACGAUUACAGAUGAGACCAGACUUCUUCCACAUCUCCCCUCUCCCGCUUCCUCUUCCUCUUGACUUAGGACUGGUUGGUACUAAAUGUCAACAACGUAUUUUUUUUUUUGGUGGUUGUUGUUUUAAUUUUUUGUUUUGCUACUGACAUCACUUUUUUGGACGAGUGCCUGUUUUUUUUGUCCUACUACACCAUCAGGGCGCUGCUGUUGUCAUGCCACAAGAUAUAAAAUGCUGGAUGACUCCCAUAGUAGUCGUUUUCUUACAAAAAUCAAAGGAGAAAAAAAGGACGAAAAAUAAUUUAAAGGUGGUGGAGAGAAAAAAAAAGAAUGUCAGUGUUAAAUGUUUGUUGUGCAAUGAUAUCACACGUUAGUGUUAUAACACAAAGAAAAACAACAUGCGACAAACAAUAAAAGCAAUACGGAGUAAAUUAGGUGUUUUUUGAUGAUCACAACAAAAAGAGAUCCUUUGUGUCAGUCUGUGCUGAGCAGAGUGGAGUAUCGUGACUCCAGCGAUGCUGCCUUAUCCCUAUGCCACUCAACUCUCUAUUUGCUACUUAUUCACAUGGAUACACAAACAAGUGUUUUUACAAAGGGGUUGGGCAAUUUGCUAGGUUUGCGUAUUAAAUGUAUAUAAAUAUACAGUAUAUAUAUACAAAUAUAUAUUGAGAGAUGCAUCUAACUAUCUAUUCCGGGGUGAGGGGGUGGGACUUGUUGCAUCUCCGCUGUACUAUAAGACCAUUUUCUCUGCACUGGCAGGUAAAUGUGAACCAAACCAUAUGUGCAUCCCCACUCCCUAGUAGCACAAGGGCUGAGGUGCGGAACAGUGUAUUUUGUGUAUAGAUGGAUUUAUGGAGAGCUUUGACUUAUUUUCCUAUUGUAUUUUAUCUGGUGUCGAAAUCGAUUUUUUAACAAAAAGAAACUGAUUUUACUUCCCUCCCAUUCCCAUUCAUUUUCACAUUCAGUAUUGGAAACGUUGAAAUCAUCAGUGGAAUCUUUCACUUGAAAUUCCAUCGGAAUUUUUUA